GCUGCUCCUCCGCCUGUGGCUUGGAGAAGUGCUUGAUCAAGGCGAUCGUCACGAUCAACGUGAGGGCGGACGAGCUGUUCGAUCUCCACGUUGACGGCAAGGCAGCUGCUGCUGCUGCUUCGUUCGGCCGAGAUGGUGGUCUCAUAGCAGCGGCCCGCUGCCCCUAUGGAAAGGGGACGACAGCUCAGCUGUCGAUACGUGCAAAGAGUCGGGUGCCGGCUUUCGGGUGUCGGGGCAACCGCAGGAGGGGGGGGGGCUGGGACGCUUCGGAGACUCCAUUUAUACACAGAGGCGUUAUUCCGAAACGGAUUGACUUGACAGUCUCUCCGGGGAGCGGACAAAUGUGCAAAGGCGACACAUCCUCAUGACGGAGAGGUAUCUCCGGUAUCCCUGUCGCAAACAACGCCAGCCGCUGCACGUGGGAACUUGCACGCUACGGUGCACACCCGGAUGUGGGUGUCAUGAGUUCCGCACGUCCCCUUGUCGAGCUUCAGUCGUAGGACGGAGUCGUCUCGAGGAUAAGUAUGUUAUUAUCGCCUCUACUUCCUCUGCCUAUCGAACAGCCGCACCCGUUCCAUGUGUAUGCUGGCCGACCGCCCUAUUGGGGGGUGGGGGGACAACCGUUCCCCCUAGUUCUAUUGACAAUUCUGCUUUCUGUCCCCAUCGUUCGCCGCGACACGCGCAAUGGAACCAUCACCGAUCCUGACGGAAACGGGAACUGCCUCACAUCCUCAUCGUGUUCAAAGGUGUAGUCUAGUGAAAAAGAUGCAAAGCGGUUCCGUCGCCUUUGAACACGAUGUGGAAGUGAGGCAGUCCCCGUUUCCGUGAGGAUCGGUGAUGGUCCCAUUGCACGUGUCUGUAGCAACAAAGAUCUUCGUGCGGGGUGGUUGAUAUACUUCAAUGCGAGGCCACCGGGCCAAGUGAAAUGGUGCUGCUAUAGACAUGUACCCGCGGUGUUGAAAAUGUGUUGUUUUGGAUUCAAAUCCGGUUUUCAAUCUUCCAUCAUCAAUCGUGUCCUACAGCUGUAGUCUAGACUACAUCAUCCAGAUUAUGUUGAUUGAAAUCGGAGGUGACACAACACCUCAGUCAUAUAAUAACGGAAUGUAUGUCACGAAUUCCUCCGUUUUCCGUCCGCCUUGCGUGGAGUGAUCGGGCAUCGACCUUUACCUUUCCACCAACACUCGUUUCGGUUUCACUUUCCUUCCUAUACCGCCGAUCAUCUUCGUAACGGACGUGUAGACCUCACAAUGUCCAAGACUUCGUUUACCCGUCCUCCGUGCCGAUGUCAUCACCGCCUCUAAUUCCUCUGCCUAUCAAACCGACCCAUCCCACGUAUGCUGGCCGCCCGCCCCAUUGGGGGGCGGGGGGGCAAUCGUUUCCCCUAGUAAUUAUUCGCAGAGGCGUAUUACGAACGAGCACAAGGAGACAUAUAUUCAAGAGGGAGAUGUAUCUGCGGUAUCCCUGUCGUAAGCAACCCCAGCCGCUGCACGUAGGGAGCUUGCACGCUACGGUGCACACCCUGCCAACCGCCGAAGGUCGAGAACGUGCAGUCUGCACCCAGCUGCAUAUGCAUACCAGUACAACUUAUGGAGUAUACAUCUGACUCCUACUUUUCAUGUACAAGUAGUCAGUUCUACUGUAUUGAGUGUGUACCGGGGCCCGGUUUAUGAUGGGGGCGCUGAUCUUCUUGUGAACAGUCUGUAGUACAGCAGCCAUAUUAGCACAGUGCGCCCUAACUUACGGGAACGGUUCAACCUCAUGUCCAGCGUUGACGGGAUGACAAAAACACACCACACAAACAGUGCCACGCGGUGUAGGAAUGUAAUAAUAGACCAUUGCAAAGCAUGUACCGCAAACGUUGUACUUCGCCAAGACCAGCCAUGGGUUCAAUACGCCGAGCCGGGGCUCGCAUGGCAGUGUACAUGUAUACACAGACCCCAACAAAGACCAGCACCCAGGGUAGACUUAAUUGAAAGUUGCAAAUCAUCUGCUCGCGUGCGUGUUCGCUGGGCACCCCGAGGAUCUCCUCUUGAAGCGCCGUGUCAUCCAAAGCACCUCGUGCAUGACAUAACAAACGGUCAAGACCGAAAAUAUGGCUGUGAUGCCAGACGGCACAGGAAACACACAGCAUAACCGAUGCGCUGGUAGACCAAACGGAUAUUGGCGAUCGGAGGCCCGAUAUUCUCAAGUGUUGACGUGUCAACAAGUGUCCCUUUCGAUAUGCAUGGUGGGUGUUUGCCCUUGAAGGAGUGCAUCCAUCACGCAAGCUACAAAUUUAGGUUUGCGGAGUACUCCCUCGAUCAAGACUGCCAGCCGACUACCGAAAUCACGAAAGCAAAGCGUGCUGUGUGUCUUAGACAGGCGCGCCCCUACAGCAGUACAUGACUCACAUCAAAGAAUGCCACAUACUCGAACACAAUCCAGAUUUUUUCGCGUGAGGGAGCUUCGCGCGGAGAGAGUCUCCAAGGAUUCAUCACCCUAGAAAUCCUGCUCCUGAAUACGGCAGAUACCCUGCUUGUUUGCUCGUGGCCUCAAGAGAGAAAGGCGUGUCGAGAACAAAUAAAGCAGAAACGACAUGCACAAAAGUACGUACAGCAAGAGGUGUCCUCUGUGUGGCGAAAAUACUCGUAAUACCCAUCUCUCUCGAGUAUCUACUGUAUGGCAGAAAACAUUGGUGGCGGCACUACUGUAUUACUGUAGAGGGAACGGCACAUGAAACAAUGACACCGUCUGCCAUGAGGAUCUGACUCUUUUGCACUACUGUAGGACGGUGCGAAAGAGUGGGUAAGCGUAUUGUAGUGAUGCUCAUGGGUGAGGCAUCUUUCGCCCUCUUUCCACCGAAGUGCGCCAUUGUUUUCCAACCGCCGCCAUCGU